AUGUCAACCCCAGUAACCCGCCGCCGCACCUUCCGGCGCACAGACGACUACACCCCGGGCACCCCCAAACUCAAGCCCGUGCAGGAAGCCCUCCCCGCACUCGCUCCAACAGGCGUACUCAUCAAAGUCCACGCCGUCGCCCUCAACUACCGCGACGCCAACAUCGCCAACGGCGGGAACCCCUGGCCCGUCGUGCCCAAUGGCAUCCUGUGCAACGAUGCAGCCGGUGAAGUCAUCGCUGUCGGCGAGAAAGUCACUACCCUAAAUCUUGGUGACCGCGCCAGUCCCGUCACCGACACGCAGUUUAUUUCAGGACGCGAGGGGAAGCGCUCGUGGCUUGCCGCUGACGAGGAUGGCGUUAUGGCUGACUAUAUCAUCUUCGACGAGACGCGGCUUUGUCGCAUUCCCGACUAUCUAGACUGGGUUGAGGCCGCGACUAUUCCCUGCGCGGGCGUGACUGCGUGGUCAGCUCUGAAAGGGAUGCGGAUUGGCGAGACUGUUCUCAUUCAAGGCACCGGUGGUGUGAGCGUCUUCGCGCUUAAAAUCGCCAGAGCGGCAGGUCUCCGCAUUAUUCUGACCUCGUCGAGCGACACAAAACUACAGCAAAUGAAGGACAAGUAUCCUGGGAUCCUGACUAUCAACUACGCAACGACCCCCGACUGGCACCAGGAAGCCCUCAAGCUCACUGGAGGCGAGGGCGUCGACAUCGUGGUCGAGAACGGCGGAACAGGAUCUCUGGUGAAGAGUCUCAAGUGCACAAAGCGCGGCGGUGUCGUCAGCCAAGUUGGGUACCUGUCGAAGCAAGACCCUAACGAUCUGCGGGAGCUCGUUCCCACUCUUAUCGAUCGCCGAGUUAAUCUCAGGGGUAUCAAUGCCGGAUCGAAGUAUGAUAUGGAAGAUUUCUGUGCGGCUCUAUCGGCGGCGCAGACUCGACUCCAUGAUCUCAUUGAUAAGGUCUUCCCAUUUGAGCAGGCUGAGGAGGCCGUCGAGUUUGUUUGGCAGGGUAAACAGAUUGGCAAAAUUGUUCUCCAGCUUUAG